AUGCGGGAAGCUGCUAUAACCAAUGGCCGUGGAAGCGCUGCCUCCACACCAACCAGCCAAGAAAAUGCAUUCCCAAAUGACGAGGAUCCAUCGUUCCCCUUGCCGGAGCAUGAUGGCUACACUUUGCUGGAGGAUAGCAACAUGAAUGAUGACAGCACUACCAGCAGCGAGAAUGACGAAAAUGACACGGCCUGGAGCGACGGUCUCCUUAAUGAUGCCGCGGUGGAUGAAGCCUUGCGACGAGCGUUGAAUUCCGAUGAAGGGAUCUUUGGAACCUUCUCUAGUUCGGCAGAACAUGAAUAUGUCCCGGAUGAGUCAUCACCAGCCCUUUUAUGGAGAACACCGAUGGGUGAGGACGACAGGCGAAUUCCGCUUUCUGAAGAAAAGGCGGCUGAAAUAAAGGCUUGUCUACGCGAUUUUAAACUGCCUGAUGCAAAUCUACCACUCUGGGCAAAACAAAUACCUGAAGAGGUGUGGAAACAACAACUGUUACUGCAUCUAUCCUCCUCUCCCUCUAACUUAUUGUAG